AUGGCUUGGGGUCCGAUCCGUGUAAUUCUUAAGGCCGUCUUGGCCUUGAAGUUUGCCAUCAACGCAAUCGGGGUGUUUGUUCAGAUCCUAGGCGAGAAUUCCGCGGUCCUCUCUCGAGGUCGAAGUCUACUUCCCGCCCCCAGCAAGGACCGCAAACUCCACAACAUCAUCAUCGUCGGCGCGUCUUUCGCAGGCUAUAAUGCCGCCCGCAGCAUCGCCACUACACUACCCACCAACAGUCCGUAUCGAGUCAUCGUGAUCGAGCCCCAUUCGCAUUUCUACUUCACGUGGGUCAUUCCUCGAUUCUGUGUUGUAGAUGGAGCUCACAAGGCCUUCAUCCCGUACGGACCGUACCUGAAUGGUGCGCCUGAGGGGAGAGUGCGAUGGAUGCAAGACCGUGUCGCCGAAGUCGGUCGGACAACUGUACGGCUGGCCAGGGGCAACGAGGUAAUCCCGUACGUCUUUCUCGUUAUUGCCACAGGCUCGGGGGCGAACGACGGGUUGCCAUCGCGUGUGGGCGCCGAUGAGAAGCGUGAAGGACUGCAACAGCUGGAAGCUAUACGGGCAAGAAUCAGGGACUCGAAGAACCUUGUCAUCUUCGGUGGGGGUGCUGCAGGCGUCGAGCUAGCGGCCGAUGCGAAGCACAAGUAUCCCGAGAAGAAUGUCACACUCGUGCACUCGCGUGGCGCUGUCAUGCAUCGCUUUGGUCCUGAGCUCCAGGCUGCUGCAAGCAAGGCGUUGACAAGUCUCGGCGUUGAGUAG